AUGAAGCAGUAUCAAAGCUACGUCACGGGUUCCGAGAUAUAUCAGGCACAUGACCCCAAAAAACGAAAAUCGGAGAAGAAGGAUCCUAUAUCCUCCCAUCAAUCCUCAAGGAACAGAGAGGAACAUACAUCGAGAAGAGAUAGAAACUACAUGUCGCGUCGUCCAGAACCUCCCUCAAACAUGGGACCUCCACGAUCCAGACAUGUAUAUAUCGCUGAAGGGGAGCUCAGGACGCGGAAUUUGCUAGAUGGAGGUAACGACCCGAUGUUCAACCGCAACAGAAAAGACAUAUUCUUCGCCAUUCGGGACGAGUUGUCAACUCCACCUUCUACUACCACCCCGUCCGAUCGCCGCAACUACAAUUUGUGGUGCGACUACCACAAAGAACAUGGCCAUACCUUGGCCCAAUGUCGCGAACUCAAACGUAUCCUACAUCAGUUGGCCCACAAGGGAAAACUGUCGAGGUUCAUCAACCAGAAGGACUACGACGCAAGAGGAGAAGCGGAAAGGAGGCUUUGGAAUCAAAGACGCAGAUCUCCCAAGAGGGACGAGGCUAGACGCGACAGUUCCAACACACAAGGAACCAUCAAUAUGAUUUUCGGCGGCUACACCGAAGAAUAUACCACGAUCCGCGCCGCGAAGGACAGCGUACAUACUCUUCUCAAAGUAUUUCCAAAAAUCACGACAAAUGGGCCGAUCAUGAAAUUUGAUGCUACUACCUCCCAACCGCUGCAACAACCACACACCGAUCCUCUAGUGGUCACCCUCAAAAUCGGGCAAAUGAAGGUCAAGCGAGUAUUGGUGGACACAGGAAGCACGACCGAUCUCAUAACAAUGGAGUGCCUAAGAAAGAUGAAGUUCGAAGAAAAACACUUGCAACCCCUCGAUAAACCUUUGAUCGGAUUCGGGGGUAAUCAAGUCAUUCCACUGGGCACCAUCAUCCUCCCUGUACGAGUAGGGGAAAAAGACGGAAGUAGAACAAUGCCCAUACGAUUCACGGUAGUGAAUCUCACAUUCCCCUACAAUGCCAUCAUGGGGCUCCCACUCAUCAACAAGAUCAAAGCCGCAAUCUUUCCUCAUCAACUCUUGUUGCAAUUUGAGUAG